CUCGGGAACAUCAUGGACGGUUUACAGAGGGUUAAAGGUCGGCACUAAAAGCAGCGGGCUCAGCCGCUUCGACCUGCAUGAAAUGAGGCUCUAAGUUAAAAAUGGCGCGAAGAGGCCAGAUGGCCCAGCCAUGCGGAGAGAUUUAGAGCCUAGUGACCUAAAGUGAACGCCCCCUGUAGGACGCCUCCCUGGCCCCUGCUGCCAUAUUCUCGCGUCUCGAAAUAACGCCGUCCGCCUCGCCAACACAUAGUCGGCCUGGCCUUUAACGAUGGCCUCCGUCGUAUCCGUGACUACGAGUCGCCUUCGCGACAAGACUCCGAUCAUCCCGGAACAACGAUCGGCCAAGUCCAACAAGCAGCCGGGAAGUGAUCAAUGGCCGUCGCUCUUUCAGACAGCCGUGGUAGCCACGGCUUUGAAGGUUCUAAUGUUUCCGGCCUACAAGUCGACAGAUUUCGAAGUACAUCGGAACUGGCUGGCUAUCACUCAUUCGCUGCCGGUGAAGCAAUGGUACUAUGAGAAAACUUCGGAAUGGACGUUGGAUUACCCUCCGGCCUUCGCUCUCUUCGAAUGGCUGCUCUCUCAACCCGCAAGUCUCAUAGACUCGGCAAUGGUCCAAGUGAAGAACCUGAACUACGACUCGAGGGCCACCGUGAGCUUCCAGAGAGGGUCGGUUAUUGCUACAGAGCUGCUCUUGGUCUAUGCCUUGCACAGGUAUACAGAAACGUCUCCGCCAUCGACAAAACGCCAGAGUCAUGCUGUCGCAUUGUCUAUCCUGCUCUCGCCAGGACUUUUGAUCAUCGACCACAUCCAUUUCCAGUAUAACGGCUUUCUGUACGGCAUACUGCUUCUGUCCAUUGUCCUCGCUAGAAAAGAGUCGACUAUGCUCUACAGCGGUAUCCUCUUCGCCUUGCUUUUGUGCCUCAAGCACAUCUACCUCUACCUGGCGCCGGCCUAUUUUGUCUAUCUUCUCCGAGUCUACUGCUUGCAACCGAAGAACAUGCUUCGACCUCGAUUUGCAAACAUCGUCAAGCUGGGCACUAGCAUUGUGGCAAUCUUUGCCACAGCUUUCGGCCCUUUUGCUGCUUGGGGUCAACUCGAGCAACUCAAGAGCCGGCUCUUCCCCUUUGCAAGAGGCCUGUGCCAUGCAUAUUGGGCACCAAAUGUCUGGGCCAUAUAUUCUUUCGUCGAUCGAGUUCUGAUAGUGGCGGCUCCUCCCUUGCGGCUCAAUAUUGACCAGUCGGCCGUCAACGGUGUCACUCGAGGCCUGGUCGGCGACACAUCAUUUGCUGUUCUACCAGAUAUCUCGGCACGGACCUGUUUCGCACUCACCUUGUCAUUUCAGAUCAUCGCGCUUACGAAAUUGUGGUUUACGCCCAGUUGGGACGCCUUCGUUGGGGCCAUUACACUUUGUGGAUAUGCGUCAUUCCUCUUUGGUUGGCACGUCCAUGAGAAGGCCAUAUUGCUGGUCAUCAUACCUUUCAGUCUUCUUGCCGUCAAAGAUCGAUCCCACUUGGCGAGCUUUCGACCUUUGGCUGUCGCGGGCCAUGUGUCAUUGUUUCCGCUUCUUUUCACGGCAGCAGAGUUUCCAAUCAAGGUGGCAUACACGAUAUCAUGGUUGAUCGUUUUCCUCUAUGCCUUUGAUCAACUGGCGCCAGCGCCGUCGAGAAGAAGGUUCUUCCUUUUGGACCGUUUUGGAGUCCUAUACAUUGCCAUAUCCAUUCCGCUGAUGGCGUACUGCUCCCUGCUGCACGGCGUGGUCUUCGGGGACAGGUAUGAGUUCCUCCCAUUGAUGUUUAUCAGCACAUACUCGGCGAUAGGCGUCUUGGGCUCAUGGUUGGGCUUUAUGGUGUGUUAUCUACAAUCAUAGUCAUAUAGAUGUCCUAUACAUAGCCUCGGAGUGGUUGCAGAAAGUGUUGUAUCCGUGGCCAAUAUUGUUGCAAAUCGCCAGCCGUAGUAUCAGAUGCAGGCAUUGUGCUUUUUCCUGAUGUCGAAUGUUGUCUGGUGCGGAAGACCUUCGAUCUGUGGCGAUCUGUGGACUCUUGGGUGUCGCGCCCAGCGAUGCUUAGUGGCCCGGCAUUCCUGGCGGCAUUGUCGACUAGUCGGUCAGCGAAGGCCGUGAAGGCUUAGGUGUUGAUAGUAGCACCCGAUGUGAUGAUGGUACAGAGUGGUAGAUUGAAAGUGAUUGCAUUGGAUUCAGCAUGAAAAUUGGAGUCGAACGAGUACCUCUAUGGCCCUGGAAGACGCUGAAUGCAAGGGACUGAUGG